UGAGUAUCAUUUCAACCUAAAUCAGAGUAGAGGGGUUAGAAUGAUAUUUACCAAAUAUAAACGGCUAAAAAAACAAAACAAGUUUACUCAGACGAGGGAAGGCAAGAGACGAUCAUACGAAUGAGAAACCUCUCUCAACGGGAAAAUGAUUGUCAGAACUCAGAACGACUGUUUGUAAUAAUAGAUAGAUUGCUCUACACUUCAUAAUUUAAAUGUAUAAAAGGAUUUCAACAAUUUUCUCUCGAGAAAAAUUCUCAAGUAACCAUUUUUUCCACUCAGCACAAUCGUCUCAUUUUCCUUACACCGAGGAGGUUUUGGCGUCCCAUCUCGCACCACUUCUACAACACCAAAAAGCCUCUUUUCUCUCUCCUCCAGUUCUUCAACAAACCCAGCAGAUACACGCCCAGAUUACAGUUAAUGGGCUCCACAACAUGGGUAUUUUGGGCACAAGGAUUUUGGGUGUAUACAUCCUGUGUAACAAUUAUCUCGACGCCAAGAAAUUGUUCUGUCAGCUUCAAUUAUGCUACGCCGCGCCUUGGAAUUGGAUGAUUAGAGGGUUUACUAUGACGGGUUAUUAUGAUUACGCGAUUAUGUUCUACUUCAAGAUGCUAAGUUUCGGUACUAAUCCCGAUAAGUAUACUUUUCCUUACUUAAUCAAGGCAUGCGGUGGUCUCCGUGCUGUUGAUUUAGUAAAACACGUACACGGAAUGAUCAACGAGUUCGGAUUCGAGCUAGAUGUGUAUGUGGGUAGUGCUCUAGUCAAAUUCUACGCCGAGAAUGAUUGCUUAGACAAUGCACGAAACUUGUUUGAUAAGUUGCCUCAGAGAGAUAUUGUAAUGUGGAAUGUGAUUAUUAACGGAUAUUUGAAAUGCGAGUCUUUAGCGCAUAACGUGAUUGAAUUGUUUGUGGAAAUGAGAAAAGGUGAAGUUAAGCCCAAUUAUGUCACCUACACGUCUGUUCUUUGUUUGUGCGGCUCCAAAUCGAUGGUGGGUCUCGGCAACCAGGUUCACGGUUUAGUUGUCAAGUGUGGCUUAGAAACGGACCCUACGGUGGCCAACACGUUGGUUGCUAUGUACACAAAGUGCCGUUGCCUGUUUGAUGCUCGAAUGCUGUUUGAUUUUGUCACACAAAAAGCUGAUCUUAUCACAUGGAAUGCAAUGAUAGGAGGGUACGUUCAGAACGGCUAUAUGAACGAAGCUUUGGAUUUGUUCCAGAAGAUGAUAUCUUCGGAAAUAAAACCAGACUCGGUAACUUUUGCAAGUUUGCUCCCGAUAGUUCCUGAGCUGGGGUGUCUUGAUCAGGGAAAGGAAAUCCACUGUUAUAUUGUUCGGCACGGUGUGUUAUUUGAUUUAUUCUUGAAGAAUGCUCUUAUCGAUGUGUAUUUCAAGUGCAACGAUGUGGAAAUGGCUUGCAAAGUCUUUAAACAGAGCUCCGCUGUAGACAUCGUGAUUUGCACUGCUAUGAUAUCAGGGCUUGUGCUCAAUGGAAUGAAUGUUGACGCUCUCGAAAUUUUUCGAGGGUUGAUUGGUAAUAAAUUGAGGCCCAAUGCUGUAACUUUUGCAAGCGUUUUACCCGCUUGUGCAGCCUUGGCUGCACUAAAACUGGGUAAGGAGUUGCAUGGUAACAUAGUUAAAAAGGGGCUUGAAGGUAGGUGUUACGUCGGAAGCGCAAUAAGCGACAUGUAUGCUAAAUGUGGAAGGUUAGAUCUUGGUCAUGAAGUUUUUAUACGGAUGUCCGAACGAGAUUCCGUUUGUUGGAAUUCGAUGAUCACAAACUGCAGCCAGAAUGGCAAACCGGAGGUGGCAAUGGAUCUAUUCCUUCGUAUGGGACUCGAAGGAGCCAAAUAUGAUUGUGUCAGCAUCUCAGCUGCUCUUUCCGCAUGUGCUAAUUUAUCCGAUCUUAAUCGUGGGAAAGAGAUUCAUAGUCUAAUGAUAAGACGUGGGUUCAACUUUGAUCUUUUUGCCACGAGUGCCCUAAUAGACACAUACGCUAAAUGCGGUGACUUGGAUUUGGCAAGCCGAGUUUUCGACAAUAUGGAGUCAAGAAACGAGGUUUCUUGGAAUAGCAUUAUUGCUGCUUACGGAAACCACGGUGAACUAAAUACGUGCGUGGAGUUAUUCCGUGCUAUGGAAGACGAGGGGUUUCGGCCCGAUGGUGUCACUUUUCUCGCGGUGAUGUCAGCAUGUGGCCACGCUGGUCGAGUUGAAGAAGGAAAGAGCUACUUCAAUUCCAUGAUCCAAGAUUAUGGAUUCUCUGCUAGGAUGGAGCACUAUGCUUGCUUGAUUGAUAUGUUCGGGCGAGCUGGUCGUUUGGAAGAAGCUUUCCGAGUGAUUGAAACGAUGCCGUUUACUCCAGAUGCUGGCAUUUGGGGUACAUUAUUGGGUUCUUGUAGGAUUCAUGGCAAUGUUGAGCUUGCUGAGGUGGCGUCAGAGCAUUUAUUUCGUUUAGACCCUCAGAAUUCUGGUUAUUAUGUUUUGCUGUCGAAUUUGCACGCUGAUUCUGGUACGUGGACGAGGGUGAAUCAGAUUCGUGGUAUGAUGAAGGAAAGAGGAGUGAAGAAAUUAACAGGUUAUAGCUGGAUUGAAGUGGAUAAUUCCUCCCAUGUUUUCGCAGCUGCAGAUAAAAGUCACCCAAUUUCUUCUCAAAUUUAUGCAGUGUUGAAUAAUCUUCUUGUUGAGCUCCAGGAUGAAGGUUUUGAUAACUUUAUUUUAGCAUUAUAAUAUAUUUUUGGUUGAUU